UUGUGUGUUUCCCAUGAUGCAGCGCAUACUGGGGCUGGUCCAGAGGAGCCAAGAUGGCCGACUUUGAGGAGCAGCUUACUGAUGAGGAGAAGGUCCGCAUAGCAGCCAAUUUUGUCACCCACGCUCCUCCAGGAGAAUUUAACGAAGUCUUCAAUGAUGUGCGGCUACUGCUCAACAAUGACAAUCUUCUCAGGGAGGGGGCGGCACACGCGUUUGCCCAGUACAACAUGGAUCAGUUCACCCUUGCCAAAAUUGAAGGGUAUGACGAUCAGGUCCUGAUCACAGAGCACGGAGACCUGGGCCACGGCCGCUUCUUCGACCCCCGGAACAAGCUGUCCUUCAAGUUCGACCACUUGAGGAAAGAAGCCAGCGACCCGCAGCCCUACGAGGGGGAGGCUUCGCUGAGGUCGUGGCGGGACGCCUGCGACACCGCCUUGAGGGCCUACGUCAAGGAGCACUAUCCCAGCGGCUUCUGCACGGUUUAUGGCAAAACAAUUGAUGGGCAACAGACCAUCAUUGCCUGCAUUGAAGGCCACCAGUUUCAACCCAAAAACUUCUGGAAUGGCCGUUGCAGAUCUGAAUGGAAGUUCACUAUCACCCAGUCCACUUCUCAGGUGGUGGGAGUCCUGAAGAUCCAGGUGCAUUACUAUGAGGAUGGCAACGUCCAGCUUGUUAGUCAUAAGGAUUUGCAGGAGUCCAUAACAGUGACUAAUGAAACCCAGACUGCCAAGGAGUUUGUGAAAAUAAUUGAAAGUGCAGAAAACGAGUACCAGACGGCCAUCAGCGAGAACUACCAGACCAUGUCCGACACCACAUUCAAAGCCUUACGCCGGCAGCUGCCUGUCACCCGCACCAAGAUCGACUGGAACAAGAUCUUGAGCUACAAGAUCGGCAAAGAGAUGCAGAACGCUUAGAGCAGAUGUGCAUGAGUUCGCUAAUGUUACCAACGUGUGCAAAAAAAAAAAAGACAAACUAAAACUUUGAAAAAAAAAGAAAGAGGCAAAGCAAGGUGUGGUCUCACGGAAAGUGUGGUCCGAUGUUUGUUUUCCUUGGGGGGGUGGGGGUGGAGGAUUGAUUUUUUUUUUUUAAAGAACCCAAGGUUUAAAAUGGGCAGGGGUACUUUCGUUGCUCAGGCUAUUGGAAAAUCGAGAUCUAAUUGAAUAAGCACUGACUUAUCAGUAGAAUUGAAGCUUAUCUUGCAUUUGAACGAGUUAUUCUAAUUAUUCCGUACACUUUGAGACAACAGAGGCUUUUCUCUCUCUCUCCCACCCCCACGCCCCCUCCCCCCUCUAUGAAGUCUCUGAUGGAGGUAGUAACUAGUGCCCCAUGCCAUGCCAACUGACAUGCUUAGCAGUCAGAGCUGUCUGCAGCAGUCAGAUAGUUUUAGCUUGCUUACAUCCUUCUUCAUUUGCCCGAGUUGAGCAGAUCCAAUCUCGAACGGUUUUGAUACACCUUUAAACUACAUCCCCACUGCACCAGAGCUUCCGCAAACAAGUUUCGCAGUGACUGAAAUAAUGGUGCAUAACUGCUAUGUCUCCAAUGUCAGGAAAAUACUUUACAGUAACCCAGUUUGAUCUUCUGCAAAAUCUCUUUCCCAUGGUAAAGAUCCCAAGUUCAAGUGUGUUCCUUCCUCUGUGUACACAAGACAACGAUUUGGUUAUGCAAUGUAGUGUUGGGGGUAAUUUGAUUUCUGUAGUAAGAAGUCUUAAGGCACUGUUGCCUAUUGGGAAAACUGCUGUGGUUUUGUUUCUCCCCUCUGGUCUGCAUGUGCAGAAUUGAUGGAUUUAAAGGCAGCCAAAAAGGUGGGGGGGGGGAACAGUGUUUUUGUCUAUGCAUCCACACGCCAUACCUAAACCUAGCCCGCGGGGCUGGUUGCUUUGCAGUGUUAAAACUCCUUGCACAGAAUUUGUGGUUCGACCUCUUUCUGUCUUAAUUUGCGAAAAGCUGCCGCCCCCUUCUGGUGUAAAGUGUGAGAGUGGAGAUGAACAAGUGGAAGUUAUCCUGUCUCCAUAGAUGUCCUUUUUUUUCCUUUCAUUAGCUUUUAGUGCUAAAUAUUUUUACAACUGUAAGAACAAACAUGUAUAAAUUCAAAUGGAAUAAAGGAUUUGCACCAAAUUGUGGGGUUUCCUUAAUCCAGAGGAAUUUUGUUUUUUUUAAAAUAGCUUUUGUUUUUUCCUGGGUUCUUGGAGGCAGAAGGUGAAUUGAAAACAUCUCAAUUGGGCAGCUUCUAGGACAGCAUGUGGAUGUUGGGAAUGUUAGUUGGCAACCCGCUUUCUGCACCUUUGGAAUUCAAAGGGAAACUCCAAGAUUGUAACCUCCAGGUUUUGAGCUGUGGGUGUUGAAUCCUCUUGCCCAGGAGUGAUGAAUGCUGCACGUUCACCCUCUUAUUCUCACAACGGCAGCAGUGUGGCUGCAGCUCUCAUCAAUAACACUGCUUGUUUUCGGGUGCCAAGCAAGUCACAAGCAGGGGCACCCUGGUUGACUCAAUUCUUGUGAGCUCUGGAAUUGUUGAGCCACUUUAGUGCAAUUCUCAUCACAGUGGCUUGAAGUCAUGGCCAGAUGCUCUGACCAGCGAUGUGUAUAAUAUCGGGGAACAUUUGCAGUCUGAAAGAGCACUGUAAAAAAAUGUAUUUGCUUGGGUGGCAGGGUGCCCCCCAAAAUUGCCUGAGCUAGCUUUCCUUGGCCCUGUUUUUACCACUUCACAAAAUCAGUAGGAGAUUUUGGGGUUUUCCUAUUCCUUGACUCGGAAAGUAAUGGCCAACCAAUUUACUCUUUUGAAGUCCCAUCACUGCCUCUAAAAUAGUUCUCUUUUUGAUGGUGAGAAUGUUUAAACAUUUAAGGAAGUCUGAAAUGUCCAGUGUGGGGUGUCUCAGUUGUGUCCUAAAGGUUUUGGCUUGUGUAUGAGCACUUCAAAAGGGAACGCCUAUCUUUAAUAAAUAAUGUAUUCAUCUUUUAGCUCUUAAUCUCACUAUCAUGCUGUUACUGUAGGAAGAUGAAACUGAAUGUGUAAAACAGGCCGCUAGCUGGUUAUAUCCACAUUUUCUGGCUGUAUCUGGCUUUUCUGGGGAAUUGCAGAGCUUGUUUUUGGUCAUGUUGUAGCUUUCACUUCCUGUAGCAUCUGCACUAUUAGUAUUGUCUUUACUAUCUUACGCGCUUCAGUGAGACCAUACCUUUCAUAAAAAUUAAACGCUUGGGGAGCCUUGGAUUAGUAGAUUUAUGCAAAAAACAAAAGAAUAGAGUGGCUCCGUUAAAAUAACAGCACUACUAGUAACAGUUCUUGAAGCAAUAGAGAACAGCUGACAGAAGUGUCUCUUCCUGUAAAUGCAUCUCUUUUGGAAUGAAACCAUCUGUAUUAUAUCUCAUUACUGUCAUCCAUUUAUAUCUUGUGGUCCUCUGUGUAAAACCAUGUCGAUUGGACAAUACACUUGCGAGUUAUUCUA